AGGUGUUUGGAUAAGACUGUAACAUAAUCAACUCACUCUCCAAUCCAUUGAAUCCCCGAAUCCAAUCCUUGACGAGUUGAUGGGAGGGCAUCUUGCGACCUUCUCCCAGUCUAUUCAAUCUUCUCUCGCCGUCCUUUUUUUCUGUAAUUAGGGUGUUAGCAGUCAUCGGUCAACAUGAGAGCAACCUCGCUUCACCCUCACCCUGCCGCCGCCGCCACUUCGAUCCUGUGGUCCGGAGGACUCCCCGUGUACUCUCUUAGGCUUCUCCCCUCCCCUGCCUUUAAACCCCACGGGAGGCGGGCCAUGGUCGUCAGGGCAGCUGUGACUAUGGAGAAGGAGUCCAAGGCUCAGGUCGCCCUUGUAAGAAUUGGUACUCGCGGAAGUCCACUAGCACUUGCCCAAGCCUUUGAAACCCGGGAUAAACUCAUGUCAACACACCCAGAGCUAGCUGAGGAAGGAGCUAUUGACAUAGUAAUCAUUAAGACAACAGGAGAUAAAAUACUCAAUCAACCGCUUGCAGACAUUGGUGGCAAGGGUCUAUUCACAAAAGAGAUAGAUGAGGCAUUGUUGGAGGGUAAAAUUGAUAUUGCUGUGCACUCAAUGAAGGAUGUUCCUACUUACCUUCCAGAUGGUACAAUAUUGCCUUGCAACCUCCCCCGAGAAGAUGUAAGAGAUGCAUUCAUUUGCUUAACUGCAAAUGCUCUCUCAGAGCUACCUGCUGGAAGUAUUAUUGGAACUGCUUCACUUAGGAGACAGUCUCAAAUUUUAUACAGAUAUCCAUCGCUAAAGGUAGUUAACUUUAGAGGGAAUGUCCAGACUCGACUGAGGAAACUUAAUGAAGGUGAAGUUCAAGCAACACUGUUAGCAUUGGCAGGGCUAAAGAGGCUAAAUAUGACUGACAAGGUCACAGCUAGUCUCUCCAUUGAAGAUAUGCUUCCAGCAAUUGCUCAAGGUGCUAUCGGAAUUGCUUGUAGAAGCAAUGAUGAUAUAAUGGCUAAUUACAUAGCUUCGUUGAACCAUAAUGAUACUCAGUUUGCUGUUGCCUGUGAAAGGGCAUUUCUUGAGACACUUGAUGGGUCUUGUCGUACUCCAAUUGCUGGCUAUGCUCAUCGUGAUACUGAUGGAUAUUGUGUUCUAAGGUGUUUGGUUUCUUCGCCUGAUGGAAAAAGGGUACUAGAGACAUCAAGGAAAGGCUUGUACGCACUGGAUGAUAUGGUGGCUAUGGGAAAAGAUGCAGGGGAAGAGUUGCUUUCAAGAGCUGGCCCAAGUUUCUUUGAUUGGUAACCUUUAUUCAGCCUACCUUCAAAAAAUUAGUAGAGCAAUUUAGAUAGGAAAUUGUUGCUUUCCAUUCUUGCUAGGCCUCGAGAUUAAACCUGCAAGGGUUGUACUUCCAACUCUUAUAUCAUCUGUGAAUCCAUGUGUGAUGUCAAGAUGAGUAUAUUUACUUGGUUAUUAAACUUCUUUGUUCCUCAA